AUGGCCCCCAAAGACGGAAAUGAAUCGGACAAUGAUGAGGAGAUCCAAAACCAGAUGACUUCACAUGAAACAGGGACAACAGAAGAGAUAAGGGUGUUAAGACAACAAAUGGCAGAUAUGUACGAGGCUUGGAUGAGUGGACAACCUCCACCAUCUUCAAUCCGAGAGUAUUUUAAUACAAAUAUGUCUCACCCUAUCCAGGUGUCGACAAGCGAUCCGAUAUAUCCCCCUGGAUUCAGCCCCUAUGCUAACACAUUCAAUGUCGCUGGAACUUCUAUGGGGCGCCCUUCGAAUACGCCUGUGAUAAGUAACCCACUCUUUGUGUCAACUGCCCCGACUAACAGCAUCCCGCAGCCAACGAUGGUGCCCAAAUCCAACAGCGAUCCUCCGCCCAAAGUUCGGCGUGAUCAGAGUUACACUCUUGAAGAGGCCAUUAAAAUUCCAAGCUCUCAUCCCCACAUUCAUCAAUAUAGUUCCCCUGUCGAAAUUGAGAGGAUGGUAAAAAAUGAGGAACAUGAAGAAAUGAAUAAGAAAAUGAAGAGUUUGGAACAGAGUAUAAGAGAUAUGCAAGGACUAGGAGGCCACAAAGGCAUCUCGUUCAGUGACUUGUGUAUGUUUCCUCACGUCCAUUUACCUGCUGGUUUUAAAACUCCAAAGUUUGAAAAAUAUGAUGGUCACGGAGACCCCAUAGCUCAUCUAAAGAGAUAUUGCAACCAAUUGAGGGGUGCAGAGGGCAAAGAAGAGUUACUUAUGGCCUAUUUUGGGGAAAGCUUAGUAGGGAUUGCAUCUGAAUGGUUCAUAGAUCAGGAUAUCACCAACUGGCACACAUGGGAUGAUUUGGCUCGAUGUUUUGUACAGCAAUUCCAAUAUAAUAUUGACAUUGUUCCAGAUCGCUCCUCGUUAGCCAACAUGAGGAAAAAGACCACGGAAAAUUUUCGUGAAUAUGCUAUCAGAUGGAGGGAACAAGCUGCUAGGGUUAAACCACCGAUGAAGGAGUCAGAGAUGAUUGACGUUUUUCUCCAGGCGCAAGAACCUGAUUACUUUCACUAUCUGCUUUCUGCCGUAGGGAAGACAUUCGCUGAAGUUAUUAAGGUAGGGGAAAUGGUGGAAAAUGGCAUCAAGUCUGGAAAGAUUGUAAGUCAAGCUGCCUUAAAAGCCACAACACAAGUGCUUCAAAAUGGUUCUGGAAAUAUUGGAGGGAAGAAGAGAAGGGAGGAUGUGGCCACUAUUGUAUCAGCGCCUAGGACUCAUGUCCAAGGUAAUUUCUCACAACACUAUUUUCCUUCCCAAGCUCCACAAUAUUCUGUCCCAUACACUCCAUAUCAUGUUUUUAAUGCACAACCAAUUGCACCCCCUUCUUAUCCACAGCGGCGUGCACCAACUCCACAAAAUCAUCCACCACCCCCACAAGUUCAUCAAAAUACUGCUAGAAUUCCUUUCCGUCCUAGACCACAAUACAAAAAGGGAAAUGGCGUUAAAGAUGAGUUCACUCCUAUUGGGGAGUCGUAUGCUAGCUUGUUCCACAAAUUAAGGACGUUGAAUGUUUUGAGUCCUAUUGAGAGAAAGAUGUCGAAUCCUCCCCCGAGAAAUUUGGAUUAUUCUCAACAUUGCGCAUAUUGUUCUAAUGCCGCAGGGCACAACAUAGAGAGAUGUUGGUAUUUGAAAAGGGCCAUUCAGGAUUUGAUCGAUUCUAACCGAAUUAUAGUUGAAAGUUCGAGUGGACCCAACAUCAAUCAAAAUCCAUUGCCGAGGCAUACUGAAACAAACAUGUUGGAAAUGAUGAAGGGUCAUGAAGAGUUUGCAUCUCCGUAUAAGCCAAUCCUUAGGGUUGGAACUGGCAUUAAGAAGUCAGCAAAUGUUGUUGAUUUAACAAAAAUGAUGCCUUUAGGGGCGGAAAAUGAGUUAGAAAAGUUGAGUCCAUCAAACACACCCAUCUUAACUGUGAAAGGAGCCCUUGAAGAUGUUUGGGAAAGUCCGAGUAAGGCAAAGUCGUUUGUUCCAAAAAGGCCAAACAAGCCUAUCUUGAUCGUACAAGGGGCCCAUGUUCCUCUUGUGAUUAUCAGGCCAGUAUCCCAGCUCCCAAUGACUAACCCCAAAGCUGUUCCUUGGAGUUAUGAGCCUACUGUCGUGACAUACAAGGGAAAAGAAAUUGAUGAAGAAAUAGAUGGAGUAGGAGGAAUAACCCGUUCAGGAAGAUGUUAUGUCCCGAUGGAAUUAAGGAAAACUAGAAAUGACCAAACACAAAUAAAGAGUUCGGUCACUGAAGGAGAGGCAGAGGAAUUCCUAAGGAAGAUGAAACUAUCAGACUACUCCGUGGUGGAACAAUUAAGAAAAACUCCAGCCCAAAUAUCUUUGUUGUCUUUGCUAAUACAUUCUGAUGAACAUCGUAAGGCUGUAAUGAAAAUUUUGAAUGAAGCACAUGUUCCUAGUAAAGUUACAGUGAGUCAGUUACAAAAGAUUGCUGGGAGAAUAUUUGAGGUAAACCGCAUCACUUUUUCAGAUGAUGAACUACCCAAAGAAGGAUCUGGAGCAAAUAUUUGUCCUUUAUCAACUCUACAGAAAUUGAAUGUUAGUGCUGAAAGGGUCCGACCCAACAAUGUAUGUGUUAGAGCUUUUGAUGGGUCAAAAACAGAUGUUAUUGGUGAAAUAAAGCUCGUACUAACCAUAGGUCCUGUGGAUUUCGCUGUGAAUUUUCAAGUGUUGGAUAUCAACGCGUCCUACAAUCUAUUGUUGGGGAGGCCAUGGGUGCAUAGGGCUGGAGCAGCCCCCUCAACGUUGCAUCAAAUGAUUAAGUUUGAAUACGACCGACAAGAGGUAAUUGUUCAUGGUGAGGGGGGUUUGUCAAUCUACAAAGACUCUUCCUUCCCCUUUAUCAAGGCGGAUAAUGAGAAUGAGGCACUACUUUAUCAAGCUUCUGAGGUAGUGGUUAUUGAGCAUGUCCCCGAGGGGAGUGUCAUUUCAAAACCAAAUAUGCCCAUCGCGUCUGUAAUGGUGGUGAAUGAAUUGCUGAAACACGGGUUUGGGCUGGGUAAAGACUUAGGAAUCUUCUUGCAAGGAAGAGCUUAUCCUGUGAGUCUACGAAAGAGCAUCGGUACUUUUGGCUUAGGCUACCAACCUAGAAUCGAGGACAAAAUGAAGGCAAAGAAGCAUAAGAGAGAUGUAUGGUCACUUACCAAGCCUAUACAACCAAUCUACAAAUCUUUCAUCAAAGCCCGCGCAACAGAAUCUUAUCAAUCAUCUUUUCCAGAGCCAGUGAUGAAAGUUAGCGAAGAAAUGAUCAACUAUUUUCAAGAUUUAUUUGUCGAGGUUGAUAUGGUGGAACUCGGAGAAGGCACUAGCGACAGAGAUGUGCAAUUCAUUGGUCCUGAUGUCAAUCUAAACAAUUGGGAGGCCACCCCUCUCCCCGUUAAAGACGAGUCUUGUUCUUUCUAUGCCGAUUCUAGUGAUAUGACAUGCAUGCAGAAUUUUUCGCCAGAUCUUAAUAUCCAAUCUAAUCUUCGACCUAAUAUUGAAAUAAUAAGUCAAGAAAUCGAAUAUGAUGAAGACAGAGUAUUUGAGGAAGUAAAGAAGGAUUUCAAUCAUUUUGAAAAUAAGCGAAAUCCAAAUAUGAGUGAAACUGAGACGAUAAAUUUGGGGGAUCAGGAAAUUAUUAAGGAGACUAAGAUAAGUGUACAUGUUCGACAUCAAAAGGACGAUAUAAUCCAGGCCCUGCUUGAUUACAAAGAUGUUUUUGCGUCAUCUUAUGAUAACAUGCCUGGAUUAAGCACUGACAUGGUUAAGUUGAGAAAACUCAAAACCGACAUGAGUGCAAUAAUUAAAGAGGAGAUCACAAAGCAACUUGAGGCCAAAGUCAUUGAAGUCUCUCAAAAUCCUUCUUGGUUAGCCAAUAUCAUACCCGUCCCUCAGAAAGACGGCAAAGUUCGAAUGUGUGUUGAUUAUCGUGAUUUGAAUAAGGCAAGUCCAAAAGAUGUUUUUCCUUUGCCUAACAUCCAUAUUUUAUUGGGUAGUUGUGCUAAACAUGAGGACGCAUUUUGCCACAUCAUGCCGAAACCAAAGGCAAGUGUUCUCCAAAUUGGAGAGGACCAUUCGUUGUUAAAAGGGUAUUACCCAAUGGUGCUCUUUACUUAG